AUGAAGAAGUGGAAUGAAUCUUCAGGGACCGAGUUCUUCCUAGUUGGUCUGUUUGCCCACCUGUCUUAUCCCAGCCUGCUUGUCUCCACCCUCUCGAUAGUUUAUCUGCUGGCCCUGGCUGGCAACAGCCUCAUGAUCUUUCUCAUCUGGAUGGACUCCCGCCUCCACACCCCCAUGUACUUCUUCCUCAGCCAGCUCUCCCUCAUGGACCUGCUCCUCACCUCGGUUGUGGUUCCCAAGGUGCUCAUCGACUACCUCCUGAACACCAGUAUGAUCACCCCUGUGGGCUGUGGGAUCCAGAUGUUCCUCGUGAUGACCCUUGGGGGAGGCGAAGGACUCCUCCUGGGUUUCAUGUCCUACGACCGCUACAUUGCUGUCUGCCACCCUCUCCGCUACCCUCUCCUGAUGCCCCAGGACAAGUGCCAGAGGCUGGGAGUCGAGGCGUGCAUGGGGGCUGCCUUGGUUUCUCUCUUUAAUACCAUCCUCACCACGUGUUUGCCUUACUGCAGACCCCGGAAAGUCCACCACUUCCUCUGCGAACCUCCAGCCUUGCUCAAGCUGGCCUGUGUUGACUUGUCUGUCUACGAGCCGGCUGUCUUUGUCAUCAGCAGCAUCGUGAUCCUCAUCCCUUUCUUGCUGAUCCUGGCCUCCUACGCCCACAUCCUGCUCGCCAUCCUGCAGAUGCCUUCGACGGGAGGUUGGAGGAAGGUGGCCAUCACCUGCUCCUCCCACCUCCUCGUGGUCCACCUGUACUAUGGGGCGGCCAUGUUGAUGUACAUCCGGCCUAGCUCCCAGCAUUCCCCAGGGGAGGAUAACAUCCUGGCGGUGUUCUAUACGGUCCUCACUCCCAUGCUGAACCCUCUCAUCUACAGUCUCCGGAAUAAGGAGGUCACCGGGGCCAUGAGGAAGCUCUUCCGAGAAUUUUGCGCCUAG